AUGGAUUGCAGCAAAUUGACAGAAAAUCAGACCCCUGAGUUAGGAAUGGAGUUCAACAGUGAAGAGGAUGCGUACAAGUUUUACAACAAGUAUGCCUUUAAAAUGGGUUUUAGUGUACGUAAAAACUAUCUAAAUAAAAAUAAAGAUGGCGUGACCAUGUCUAGGAGAUAUAGUUGCUGCAAGGAAGGUGUAAAGCGCAAGUAUGAAGGUGAUGUGAUGCCAAAGAGGACACGAGCGCCGACGAAAACAGGGUGUGGUGUUAAAAUGGUUAUCGUGUUGUUUAGAGAGACAAUGAAGUACCAUGUGCAUGACCUUGUCUUAGAGCAUAACCAUGAGUUGCACAUUACUCAAUGUUCGCACAUGAUGCCAUCACAAAGAAAAGUGAGUGAGACUCAAGGAUUCCAAACUGAAAUAAGUGAGGACGCUGGGUUUUCAUUGAAACAGAGCCAUGAGUUUAUGGGAAAGGAUGCAGGUGGGAUGGGAAAUGUGGGAUAUACUCGGGAAGACCUGAAACGAUAUCUUCGUACUCGACGGGAAAGAAGUUUAAAAUAUAGAGAAGCAGAAAUGUUAAUUGACUACAACUUUUUUGGAGACGUAGUUACAUUUGACACAACCUACAAAACAAAUAAAGAAUACCGGCCACUUGGAGUGUUUGUGAGUUUUAACCAAUAUAGGCAAAUUGUGAUAGUCGGUGCUGUCCUUAUGUAUGAUGAGACUAUAGAUUCUUUCAAAUGGGUGUUUGGUACAUUUAUAGAAGCAAUGUGCGGAAAGCGUCUAAGUACUAUACUAACCGAUCAAGAUCACGCCAUGGCAACCGCUCUUUCAGUUGUCAUGCCUGAAAUAUUUCACGCUAUGGUUAUAUUGAGACAAAAAGAUGCAGCGAUGAUUGUGGAGUUUGUGGUCAUGAGGUAUGAUGAAGGACUUGAAAGAAUAGUGGUAUUCAACCGGAAUGAUCUAAGUGUCUCAGAAUUGGAUCUGACAUCGGUUUCAUUUGAGGAAUACAUGUUUAUGGGAUGCCGUUCAUCUACUGACUCUGUUUCGACGCAUUCAAUGAGUCAGACAAUGAAUGGCCCUCCAAACGCUGUUGCUCCCAAUAUCGAUGAAAGUGAAACGGAGGAGCAUGUGACAAUUUCAACACACUGUGAUGUUGAUGCAUAUCAUGUAUUUGCACCAUCACCCCAGGGAAGAAAUAACAUCCAAGGAUUGCAACUACGCGUUGACGUCGCCUCCCCCGAGAAUGAGGUUGAUGAAUGA